AUGAGAUACAUACUUAGAACUUUUGAAAAAUAUGGAGCUCCUAAACCGUCACUGUGCGUGAUUUUUGUGUAUUCGACAAUUGUUGGUCUCUGUUCAGGAUUCCUUUAUCUAUAUUCCAGCUGGGUACCGAAUUUUGCCUCUCAUCUAAAGCUAACUCCUGCAGAAACUGGCUAUCUCACUAUUAUGUUCAGUGCGGGAUCGACAGUGGGUGGCAUUAUUGUCGGUCAUAUUAUUGAUUCCUUUGGAACGGAAACAGGAACUUUGGUUGGUGGUGUAUUGACAAUUAUUUCCCAUUUGAUACUUCGCUUCUUUUACAUCCAUGAAGUAAAAAAUGUGGUUGUAAUCUCGAUAUUUAUAGGAAUUUCAGCGUUUGCCGCCAUUGGGCCGGAGUUUGCUGCCAUGAAAGCCAUGUCAUCAACUUUUCCUGAAAACAAAGGGCUUGCCACUUCAUGUGUUGUUGGUGCUUUUGCUUUGGGAGCAUUGGUUUUUAGUACUGUUUUUGGUAGGAUGGACACUCCGAAUCUUUUGUUGGCAAUUGGGUUAGGUAAUGGCUUUAUUCUUCUGGCUGGUGUUUUCUUUGUCAGAGAAUUAGAUAUCAAUGAAAUCUACGAAAUGAUUGAUCUGCCUGAAGAGUAUCCUGGUGAUUCCACUUCAUCCUCGUUAAUUAAUUCUCCAUGCUACCGAGACAUUGAUAAUAAUUAUGAUACUUUCAAUCCAGGAUAUAACACAGCAACUGAAAGUCCAAGCAUCACUGAUGAAAAUUCUGAAUCCAAUAAAAAAACAAGCUCUGAGCUUCAUGAAACUUCAAUUCAUUAUCGUGCGUCUAUGUCUGUUGAUUCGACAUCACAAGUUGAAACCAUUGCAAAUAAUUUAGAUAUUGUGAACCCCCAACCACAAUUUUUUAUUGACCGAGUGAACUAUAAGCUCAAAGAAUUUACUGAUGGGCUAAUUUUUCAAAUUUUCUCUUCAAGAUUAUUCUUUUUGACUUUUCUCUCAUUGGCAUUUCUCGUUUCUGUUGGUCAAACCUACAUUUUUUCUGUAGGUUAUGUUGUUCAGAAUCAAUACUUUAAUCCAGAUUAUAGUUAUACCAUAUCUCAGCAAGAUUAUCAAAAUGCUCAAGUGAAAAUAUUCUCGUUUUGCAAUUUCGCUGGACGCUUUGCUUCUGGCUACUUUUCUGAUAUUCUUGUGUCAAGGUUCCAGGUUCAACGUCUUUGGAAUAUCACCAUUUGCGUGUGCUUAUUAUUUCUUGCUCAGGUGCUCUUGACGCAAUUGAAUAACUUGGAUCAUCUUUACAUUAUUUCAUUGAUUACUGGGUUUGCCUUUGGAAUAAUAUAUGGCACAUUUCCGCCUACAGUAAGUGACUAUUACAGUUCAACUGUUUACAGUACAGUUUGGGGAACUGUAACUAUUGGUCCAAUGGUCACUAAUGCCAUACUUACCAGGUACUUUUCCUACAAUAUGGAAAAAAAUGGAAAUUUUGAUGAUGAACUUCAACAGUUUGUUUGUUAUGAGGGAGUAGAUUGCUAUAAAAAUACAUUUUAUAUGACCCAGGGAUUUUGCAUCUGUGGAUUAGUAAUUGUGUUGUAUACCAUUUGGUAUAAAAAGCACAUUUUGAAAGACAAGGUUUUCACAUAA